AUGAAAGCUGCUCCUCUUAUUAUCAAUUGGCAUGACCAAAAUGCCCCGGUCUACUCAGCUCACUUCGAACCCACUGGAAAGGGACGUUUAGCUACAGCUGGUGGUGACAACCAUAUCAGAAUAUGGAAGGUUCAGGUUGAUGGGGAGGACCGCAAGGUCGAGUACCUUUCAACUCUUUCCAAGCACAACCAAGCCGUCAAUGUCGUGCGCUGGGCACCCAAAGGCGAGCUCCUAGCCUCUGCCGGCGACGACGGUAACGUGAUACUCUGGGUACCCAGCGAGACACCCCAGACAGCUUUCGGAUCCGAUGCACCAGAAGACAAGGAAUCGUGGAGGGCUAAGCAUAUGUGUCGAUCUAGUGGUGCAGAGAUAUAUGACUUGGCCUGGUCUCCUGAUGGUGUGUACUUCAUGAUUGGUAGCAUGGAUAACAUAGCGCGAAUCUACAAUGCUCAGACAGGAACAUUGGUUCGCCAAAUCGCUGAGCACAGUCACUAUGUGCAAGGCGUCACUUGGGAUCCUCUUAACGAAUACAUUGCGACGCAAUCCUCCGAUCGAUCGGUUCAUAUCUACUCUCUCAAGACAAAGGAUGGGCAAUAUACACUGAGCCAGGAUGACAAGACUCCUAGACUUGCCAGCCACAUUAAGGCCGACCUUCCUCCUCGACGAAUCUCCUCCAGUAGUCCUGCUCCUCCCGACUUUGGCCAUCGCUCAUCGCUCGCCGUUCUCGAUGCGCCCUCCAUCGGGUCGCCUGUGCCUUCUGCGCCAGGUACGCCUACAUCGUUCGCGCUCCCCAUGAACCCUCCCAGCGUCAUGAGCCAUAGCCGCCGAUCCUCGUUUUCUUCUCGACGAUCUGUCUCGCCAGCGCCAUCCAUGCCUUUGCCUGCCGUCAUGCCUAUGGACCCUUCACCUAAGCCAUCAUCGGCCUUGAGCAGUGGCUUGGGAAUGAAGAACGCCAAUCUCUACGCCAACGAAACUCUGACGUCCUUCUUCCGACGACUCACGUUCACGCCAGAUGGUAGCUUGCUGCUGACUCCAUCUGGACAGUACCAGAAUCAACACCAAGCGGAGAGAGACACUAAGCCUACCUAUGAAGUAAUCAACACAGUCUAUAUCUACACGCGAGGUGGUAUCAACAAGCCUCCGAUUGCCCAUUUGCCGGGCCACAAGAAGCCAUCGGUGGUGGUCAAAUGCUCUCCCAUAUUCUACACACUUCGUCAGUCUCCACCAGUCACACGGAAUAUCACUAUUGACACAUCAUCCUCGGAGGAGCCUAUACCGUCUCUACCGGAGCCUCUUUCAAAGCCAUCGCCGGCGCCUUCUGUCAUGGAGCCACCCCCUCCGCCAUUGAACCCUUCUGAUUCCAAAGGAUCAAAUUCAGACGCAGCUUCGACUACCCCGGGCCUAAAGCCUGCCUUCUCUCUUCCUUAUCGCAUGGUCUAUGCGGUUGCUACGCAAGACUCAGUUUUGCUCUACGAUACUCAACAAAAGACUCCUAUUUGUGUUGUCAGCAAUCUUCAUUGCGCCACUUUUACCGACCUCGCCUGGUCAAGUGAUGGCCUGACUCUAAUGAUAUCUUCAUCUGAUGGCUUUUGUUCCACAUUGUCAUUUGCAGCCGGAGAACUUGGAGAAGUCUACAAAGGCGAAAUUGGUCCACCCAAGACUCAAACAGCCGCCUCAUCUAAUCAGAGUACUCCUAUGCCAACACCAACGAACGCUUUUGCACCCCCCUCACCCUUUCACAACGGCUCACAUCAUCAACAUCGCAAUUCUGCGAGCUCGUUUACUGCACCCUCGCCACCUCAGUCGGCCUCGCUUAUUUCGCAACGUCCCUCAUCUCCUACGAGGUCGAAUUCGACGUCUUCGAUUGCGACUAUUACCACACAGGCUAGUACCGUACCGGCCACUGGCGUAGUUACCAACCCAACCCUUAUUUCUGGUAAUGUUCCAAGUAUUUCCGCGACGAACACAGGAAAAGUAACAGGUGUUCCACUCACAACACCGCCCGAGACACCUCAAAGUGCCACUGGUAGUGUCGCAGGCACCAAACGUGAUGCAAGCGAAAGUGAGAAAGAAGAGACCAAGGAGCCUAAGAAGAGGCGAAUUGCACCCACUCUUGUGGAACCCAAGAGUUAA